UGCCGAGGACGCCGCCAGAUAGGAGGCUGAUGACAUGAGGGCUCCGUCUCCCGAGUGAUGGCAGCGCGCGCUGCUUCGCCGCCUCCGCCGCUCAGCCCCGGACUCCUUACGUCAGGGUAGCUGGGUACCCCCUCCGCGCGGGAGCCAGCGAACAGCGAGAUAGCACAGCAGAGCGCGCCGCGGAGCCGGGGAGCCCUCACUGCGCGAGGAGCUCCACCGAACCCAGCGGAGCGGAGCCUGGCGGGAGGCAGCGCCGCGGAGCCAGCGCCGGACGCCGCAAGGAGACUCCCCCGCCAGCGCAAGCAUUCCCCAGCCGGCGCCGGACCCGCGGGGCGCCGGGUUCGUCUUGUGUGCCCCACGUCAUGCGCGCCGGGGUCCGCGGCUCUCCCGACCAGCCCCAGAGCGGUGGGCACAGGCGCAGAGGUCCCGGCGCCUCUCGCUGAAGUAGUUGGGUGGCCGGGGCGGGGGGUCGCCACGUCGGGGGCGCGGCCGGGACCCGCGGAGCCGGCCCCCGAGCGCGGGGAGCGGGGCCGCCCGCGCCGCCCCACCAUUACCUCCUCGGGCGGCAAGGAGGAGCUGGUGGCUGUCGCCUCCCGGCUGUGGCAGCGGCGGCGGCGUGCCUGCCUGGCGGCCGUCGGCGUACUCUUGGCCAUGGCGCUCGGGUUGCUCAUCGCCGUGCCGCUGCUGCUGCAGGCGGCGCCCCGAGGCGCCGCGCACUACGAGAUGAUGGGCACCUGCCGCAUGAUCUGCGACCCUUACACUGCCGCCCCCGGCGGGGGGCCCGCGGGUGCAAAGGCGCAGCCGCCCGGACCCAGCACGGCUGCCCUGGAAGUCAUGCAGGACCUCAGCGCCAACCCUCCGCCUCCCUUCAUCCAGGGACCCAAGGGCGACCCGGGGCGACCGGGCAAGCCAGGGCCGCGGGGGCCCCCUGGAGAGCCGGGCCCGCCUGGACCCAGGGGUCCUCCGGGAGAGAAGGGCGACUUGGGGCGGCCCGGGCUGCCAGGGCUGCAACUGACGGCGGGCACGGCCAGCGGCGUCGGGGUGGUGGGCGGCGGGGCCGGGGUAGGUGGCGACUCCGAGGGUGAAGUGACCAGUGCGCUGAGCGCCACUUUCAGCGGCCCCAAGAUCGCCUUCUAUGUGGGUCUCAAGAGCCCCCACGAAGGCUAUGAGGUGCUGAAGUUCGACGACGUGGUCACCAACCUCGGCAAUCACUAUGACCCCACCACGGGCAAGUUCAGCUGCCAGGUGCGGGGCAUCUACUUCUUCACCUAUCACAUCCUCAUGCGCGGCGGCGAUGGCACCAGCAUGUGGGCGGACCUCUGCAAGAACGGGCAGGUCCGGGCCAGCGCCAUUGCACAGGACGCCGACCAGAACUACGACUACGCCAGUAACAGCGUGGUGCUGCACUUGGAUUCAGGGGACGAAGUGUAUGUGAAGCUGGAUGGCGGGAAGGCUCACGGAGGCAAUAAUAACAAGUACAGCACGUUCUCGGGCUUUCUUCUGUACCCAGAUUAGGGGCGCGGGGGUUGCGAGGUGGGGUGGCUGCAGGCCGCCGGGUCUCCGGUCUCCGCCCGGGCGCGGCUCCUUGGCAAAGGCCACUCUCGAUUCAUAACACUUCCUGACAUCUCCUUUGGAAAAGACAAAUCCCUGCCUCCUCCCUGCCCUGCUCCUGGCCUCAGUGCGUCUGCGACCCACCACGCUCAGGGCUGUGCUCCUGGUCUCCAUCCCCAUCCCGGCGAGGGAGGAAGGGACGCCCGAGCCCUUGAGGCGGCGGCACAGGCUUUGCAAACCUGAUUCGACUGGACAGGCAGGGCCGGGAGCCUGCCUUCCUCAGAUAGGCUCCUCCCAGUGCCUAGAAGCGGAGGGCUCUGGGCCCUGGCCAGGGAGGUAGGCCAGAGGGAGCGCGGGCUUCCUGGGGCGUCCUUCUUUGUGACCCGAAAUACUUGUGCAGAUUUCCCUGUCCAUCAGCCACAACCUCACCCACAGCAGAAUUCCAGCAAACAGAAAAUUCACCUCUCCACACCGCAUUCCCUCCUGACUCAGACUCACCGCGAUGCAUUAAAUUAUGUUUUUAGACUAUG